CAAAUUCGAGCUUUUCUGUAGGAGCACCUGCAUCCUAGCCACGUCUACAAGCGCAGUCUCAGGCACCAUGGGAGGAAUCAACAAGCCGGGGAAACCCAAGUCUAAGAGGACACCCGUCCGCCUGCGCCACAAGAUCGAGAAGGCCUCGGCCGCAAAGCAGCGCAAGUCUCGGAAGCUCGCCAAGAAGAACCCCCAAUGGGUGUCCAAGUUGAAGAAGGACCCGGGCAUCCCCAAUCUCUUCCCUUACAAGGACAAGCUGUUGCAGCAGAUCGAGGAUGACCGUACUAGGAGAAAGGAGGAGUCCCAGCGGCGGAAAGAGGUCGCUCGCGCUGCCAAGACCGGCGUCCAAGAGCGUACCGAGGAUGCUGCCGUUGAGGACGAUGGAGAAUUCGAAAAUAUCGAGGAUGGCGAGGCCAUGGACGAGGAUGACAGCGAAGUGGACGAUGAUUCGAAUCCCAUGGCGGCGCUACUCGCCAGUGCGAGGAGAGCUGCCAAGAAGUAUGACCGUGAAUUGCAGAGCGGGGACGAUAUAGAUGAGGAUGAGGACUCCGAGAGCGACUCGGAUGAGAGCGUGGUAGGCGUGGUAGAGGUAACGGGAGGGGCGACGUCGCGGAAGGCCUACGACAAGGUCUUCAAGCAGGUGGUGGAUCAGGCCGACGUUGUCCUGUACGUCCUCGACGCCCGAGACCCGGAGGGGACUCGCUCUCGCGAAGUCGAGCGCUCCGUGAUGGCGGCUGCGGGCGGCGGCAAGCGACUGAUACUCGUCCUGAACAAGGUCGAUCUGGUCCCUCCCCCCGUCCUGCGCGGCUGGCUCAAUCAUCUGCGGCGCUCCUUCCCGACCCUACCUCUCCGAGCCUCCGGGCCGGCCCCGAACGCCCAGACCUUUAACCACCGGGAGAUGACCGUCCAGAGCACCAGCUCGGCGCUGUUCCGCGCCCUCAAGUCAUUCGCCGCCAGCCGUAACCUCAAGCGGGCCAUCUCCGUUGGUGUGAUCGGGUAUCCCAACGUCGGCAAAUCAUCCGUCAUCAACGCGCUGAUGUCCCGCCUGGGCGGCUCACGUAACCAGCACAACGCCUGCCCCGCCGGUGCGGAAGCGGGCGUCACGACGGCCAUCCGCUCCGUCAAGAUCGAUAGCAAGCUGACGCUGCUCGACUCGCCUGGAAUCGUCUUCCCCUCCACGCCGGCCAGCGGCAGCGGCGCCUCCGCGGUCGGUGUGGGUGGCUUCGUGCCUAAGAACCAGACCGAGGCGCACGCCCAUCUCGUCCUCCUCAACGCCAUCCCGCCCAAGCAGAUCGACGACCCCAUUCCCGCCGUGACCCUCCUCCUCAAGCGCCUGUCGACGCGGCCCGAGCUGAUGGACCACCUCGCCGCCGUGUACGACCUGCCGCCGCUAAUGCCCGGCAAGCGCGGCGACCCGACGACCGACUUCCUCGUCCAGGUCGCCCGCCGGCGCGGCCGGCUCGGCCGCGGCGGCAUCCCCAACAUCAACGCCGCCGCCAUGACCGUCGUGACAGACUGGCGCGAUGGCAGGAUCCAGGGCUGGGCCGACGCGCCGCCGCCGCCGCCCGAGGCAGGUGCCGAGGGGUCGGAGGCCGCGCCUGAUCAGAAGGAGAUUGUCACGGAGUGGGCCAAGGAGUUCAAGAUCGAGGGGCUGUUUGGGGAUGACGAGGGCGAGGCUGAGGUCAAGGAUGUGGAGAUGCAGUGAACGCCUCAGGGUUGAUUGUUCCUUUUUUUUCUUAGAUGUGGCCCCCAAUGAUGAUUGGUCUCCCCCCUGGGUUGCCUCCCUGCCUGUUGUUAGGUAGGCAUUGUUGGCAGGGGAAUUAGCAAACGAACGAACGAACGGCCUAGAUCUAACUCGGGGGUUUGGCGUUCGGGCGUCGAAAAAUUGAAAUACGUGGCUCUCCUGUCGGUCACGUCCGUCUGUAUAUAGGACAAUUGCAAUCAAGGGAUCUUUUACACGCAGCUCUGCUACUUGUCAAUCAUUUCGGUGUUCGGUUCCUUCACUGACCUGCGCCCAAGUCAAUCAGUCCUCGGGGGGGUAGGAGGAUAGGAGGCCAGGCUCUCGAGAGCAAAGCAGGUUCAGCCUGGCUGAUGGAA